GCAAUAUUUCGACGUAACCGCGAAGGAUGUUCCCGGGUUUUCUGAAAAUGCUCUCCGUCCCGUGACCUCCCGGGAGGGCUGGCCGAGGCCGCGCGACGUGAGAGAGGGAGCGCGAUUUUCGCCCGGAUAAUUCCGAGAAAUGAGAGCCCCGUGGCCCGUCCUGAUUCUCGCCGUGAUCCUGGACUCAUUGUUGCUCCUGGGGGAGGCGGUAUGUCACCGUAAUGACACCGACCUAAGUGCCGCCGGCCAAAGGUCAGGAGAGACUUUGCCCAGACAUAGACGGGAGCUCACUUUUCCAAAGGGAAGCGCUUUCGUGUUAACUCUAACUCUUCUAAAGGCUAUCCAGCUUAAUGAACCUAAAAAUUGGAAUUUAGAUUUGGAAUUUGAUACGAUUUGGCCAAUACCUAGCCAGGAAGAUUUAAGGAAAGCGUUAAUUAAAAAACCAUCCAAACUAAAACGGCGACAUAGGCGCGAACUCUACGCCAAUUUGGAAUUAGCAUUAAAUAGUCGAAACUUGCCAGGACGAUUAUGCAUUCUUCGCGCAAUUUGUGAGGCAGAAACAGUGCUAAGUCCUCCGGGAUUUUCAAUUAUCGAGGAUGCCAUACGAAUUAUUUUAAGGAAUUUUGAAGACGCUGAUAAUCAUGACUGCUAUGAUAUCGCAUAUCAGAUAAAAAGUGAUUGCGAGAUUGUUUAUCCUUGUCCGUUCUCACUAUUAAAAUUAUUGUUAUAUAAUUUAUAUACAGAAGGGAUGUGAGAAAAGCCGGAUCGAUUAAAAAGCCAGAUUGAUAAUAAAUUGUAUAACGUGAUCCAUUAGAAGAUUUCAUAUUUAAUUAGCGUAAUUUCCGUUGUAGGCAAAAAAUCUGUGAUAUUUCCAAUAUGAAUUGCGCAAAUAAAUACCUAAAAUGUAUACGUCAAAAGUCAUUGAUAUAAAAUACAAUAAA